AUGCAUCCACACUUGUUCCAAAAAGAAAUAGGUUUCAGAGAAAAGAAAAGGGCUACCUGGAGAAUCCUAGGAAACUGGCUAGAGGAUGAGCGUUAUUCAAUCUUUGCAGUCACACCUGUUUUAGCUUCAUCUGAUCCUACUGCACCUCAAUCUGGUACACUGAUUCCAUGUGAAGCAGAUGAACAAGCACAAUAUCAAAACCCUUUCUUAUAUUCACCUCCAGCUGGUUCAAGUCCUGCAAGUAGUACCACCAACCAAAGACAACAUCAGAUGAAGAUAUGUUGGAUGAUGAACAACCAAGACAGAGAGUUGGGUUAG